GGGAGUCGGGUUCAAAGGAGGAAACAUGGCGGAAAACAAAGGAGGCGGUGGGGAGGGGGCCGCGGAGCCCGGCCCGGACGGCGGCGGCCAGGAGCCCGCGGCCACGUCCCCCUCCGGCUCCGCCCCGCCCGCGCCCGCCGCCGCCCCGCCCGAGGAGCGCGAGAGCCCCGGCGCGGCGGCCGAGAAGGGCCCGGCGGAGGCGGAGGCCGCGGCAGGCCCGGGCCCCGGUCCCGGCCCCAGCCCGGUGCCCCCCCUGCCGGCGGCCGCGCCGGGCCCGCUGUCGCUGCUGGACACCUGCGCCGUGUGCGCGCAGAGCCUGCAGAGCCGGCGGGAGGCCGAGCCCAAGCUGCUGCCCUGCCUGCACUCCUUCUGCCGCCGCUGCCUGCCCGAGCCCGAGCGCCAGCUCAGCGUGCCCGUGCCGGGCGGCGCCAACGGCGACAUCCAGCAAGUUGGUGUGAUCAGGUGUCCAAUAUGUCGCCAGGAGUGCAGACAGAUAGACCUGGUGGAUAACUACUUUGUGAAGGACACUUCGGAAGCACCAAGUAGCUCUGAUGAGAAAUCGGAACAGGUGUGCACUAGUUGUGAAGAUAAUGCUAGUGCUGUGGGCUUUUGUGUGGAAUGUGGGGAAUGGCUGUGCAAGACAUGCAUAGAAGCACAUCAGCGAGUAAAAUUUACUAAAGAUCAUAUGAUCAGAAAGAAAGAGGAUGUCUCCUCAGAGGCCGUGGGAGCAUCCGGUCAACGUCCUGUUUUCUGUCCUGUCCACAAACAAGAACAGUUAAAACUUUUCUGUGAAACAUGUGACAGACUGACAUGCAGAGACUGUCAGUUAUUGGAACACAAAGAACACAGGUAUCAGUUUUUGGAAGAAGCUUUUCAGAAUCAGAAGGGUGCAAUUGAGAAUCUGUUGGCCAAACUUCUUGAAAAGAAGAAUUAUGUUAAUUUUGCAGCUAAUCAAGUGCAGAAUAGGAUAAAAGAAGUAAAUGAAACUAACAAACGAGUAGAACAGGAAAUCAAAGUGGCUAUUUUCACCCUCAUCAAUGAAAUCAAUAAAAAGGGAAAAUCUCUCUUACAGCAGCUUGAGAAUGUGACAAAGGAAAGACAGAUGAAGCUAAUACAACAGCAGAAUGACAUCACAGGGCUUUCGCGGCAGGUGAAGCAUGUGAUGAACUUCACCAACUGGGCCAUUGCAAGUGGUAGUAGCACUGCAUUGCUAUACAGCAAGCGGCUGAUUACGUUCCAGUUGCGUCAUAUUUUAAAGGCACGAUGUGAUCCUGUUCCAGCUGCUAACGGAGCAAUACGCUUCCAUUGUGACCCCACGUUCUGGGCAAAGAAUGUAGUCAAUUUAGGUAACCUUGUUAUUGAAAAUAAACCAACCCCUGGCUACACUCCUAAUGUAGUAGUUGGACAAGUUCCUCCAGGAACAAACCACAUCAACAAAGCCCCUGGACAAAUUAAUCUAGCACAGCUGCGGCUCCAGCAUAUGCAACAGCAGGUGUAUGCACAAAAACACCAGCAAUUGCAACAAAUGAGGAUGGGACAACCAGCUGGGCCCCUUCCUAGGCAAGCAGGCCCUCAGAUGUUACAGCAACAGCCUCCUAGGUUGAUCAGCAUGCAGACCAUGCAGAGGGGCAACUUGAACUGUGGGGCUUUCCAAGCACACCAGAUGAGAAUGGCUCAGAAUGCUGCUCGUAUUCCAGGAAUACCACGCCAUAAUGGACCACAGUACUCAAUGAUGCAGCCGCACCUUCAGAGACAACAUUCUAACCCAGGGCAUGCCGGGCCCUUUCCAGUUGUUUCAGUGCACAACAACGCUAUCAAUCCAACUAGUCCUACGACAGCUACCAUGGCAAAUGCAAACCGUGGUCCAACAAGUCCAUCUGUUACAGCAAUAGAACUUAUUCCUUCAGUCACAAACCCAGAGAAUCUACCUUCCUUGCCAGAUAUUCCACCCAUACAGCUGGAAGAUGCUGGUUCAAGUAAUUUAGAUAACCUACUAAGUAGAUAUAUCUCAGGCAGUCACCUACCCCCUCAGCCUACAAGUACCAUGAAUCCUUCCCCAGGACCCUCAGCCCUGUCUCCAGGAUCAUCAGGGUUAUCCAAUUCCCACACCCCCGUGAGGCCACCCAGCACCUCCAGCACAGGCAGCAGAGGCAGCUGUGGUUCAUCAGGCAGAACUGCUGAGAAAACUGGCAUUAACUUCAAGUCUGACCAUGUGAAAGUCAAGCAAGAGCCAGGGACAGAGGAAGAGAUCUGCAGUUUCUCAGGAGCAGUGAAGCAAGAAAAAACCGAGGAUGGCAGGAGGAGUGCAUGCAUGCUUAGCAGUCCUGAGAGCAGCUUGACACCACCUCUCUCCACUAACUUGCAUCUGGAAAGCGAGUUGGAAGCAUUAGGAAGUCUUGAAAAUCAUGUAAAAACUGAACCAACAGAUUUAAGUGAAAGUUGCAAACAGUCUGGACAUAGUCUUGUAAAUGGGAAAUCGCCAGUGCGAAGUCUAAUGCAUCGGUCAGCUAGAGUUGGAGGAGAAGGCAACAACAAAGAGGAUGAUCCAAAUGAAGACUGGUGUGCUGUAUGCCAAAAUGGAGGCGAUCUGUUAUGUUGUGAAAAGUGCCCAAAAGUGUUUCACCUCACUUGUCAUGUACCAACACUUCUCAGCUUUCCAAGUGGGGAGUGGAUAUGUACGUUCUGCAGAGAUCUAAGCAAACCUGAAGUAGAAUAUGAUUGUGACAAUUUGCAACAUAGUAAGAAGGGGAAAACAGCACAAGGCUUAAGUCCUGUGGACCAAAGGAAAUGUGAACGUCUCCUGCUUUACCUCUAUUGCCAUGAGCUCAGCAUUGAAUUCCAAGAGCCAGUCCCAGCCUCGAUACCAAACUACUAUAAAAUUAUAAAGAAACCAAUGGAUUUAUCUACAGUAAAAAAGAAGCUGCAAAAGAAACAUUCCCAGCACUACCAAACUCCUGACGAUUUUGUGGCAGAUGUCCGGCUGAUCUUCAAGAACUGUGAAAGGUUUAAUGAAAUGAUGAAAGUUGUUCAAGUUUAUGCAGAAACACAAGAGAUUAAUUUGAAGGCUGAUUCAGAAGUAGCACAGGCAGGGAAGGCAGUUGCAUUGUACUUUGAAGAUAAACUUACAGAGAUCUACCCAGACAGGACCUUCCAGCCUUUGCCUGAAUUUGAGCAGGAAGAGGAUGAUGGUGAAAUAACUGAGGACUCCGAUGAAGAUUUUAUACAGCCACGUAGAAAACGUCUAAAAUCAGAUGAAAGACCAGUGCAUAUAAAGUAAUCUGAUAAUAUGGACCUAAACCUAUUGUAAAAACUGUUAUUUAAGUGUUCCUGGAAUAUCAUCAUGCCUUCAGUGGUCAUUUUGAAGAAGCUGAUAGCUUUUAGACAGUAUUAGAUUACAAAAAAUAUGUGUACAGAAACAUUCUUGUCAAAGGGGGAAAAGUUUGGUUGUAAUUUUUUGUGGGGUUGGAUUAUUUGGAAUUCCCUUUUCUUUUCCCGAGGACACUCUCGGCAUGUUCUCACAGUUAGAGGUGGGUGAAUGUUGAUAAAGAUGCAGAGGUGAUAUAGGAUGCUCCUUGUACAGAUAAGUGGACUGCCAUACUGCUUAGUGAACUUUUCUGCAAGACUGGACCAAUACAGCAACUGUAUAUCACUUUCACGAUGGACUGCCGUCUAAACUGUAAGAAACUUUGCUAAAACAUCCCCUUUUGUGUGAAUUUAAGUGUGAAUUGCAUCAUUGCUUUUAUCACCUUCUCAUUUAAGUGAUGUUGUGAGUAACUGAUCUUCUGUGUUAAUUCAGAUAUCUAGCUUCCACUUUCUUUACAACGUUUUAUGUAUAGAAACAUUACAAAUGAUCAUUAAACUGUUCUAAAUUGGCAAGUGCAGGAGUGUGCGUUCUUAAUACAUGCAGGACUAGGCCUGGUUGCAAUGAAUGCUUUUCAGUAGGGUUCAUGUAUAUUUAUUAAUGGAGUCCUAUACACAGAACACUUAAAUGCAUUUCUUGUUGGAAUUCUUAGGAUUUUAUUCUCUCUUCCAAAUCCCCCUGCAGAGGCAGAUACCGCCAAUAUUAGUUAUGUAAUUUUCUAUACUUAUACAUUUAGACUGAGAAGAUAACUGCUGAUUUUCCAGUCUUCCUUAAUAUCAGUUUCCGAUAGACCACUAUUGGCAAACAAUAACCUGACUACCAAAUGUGUAAAAUUUUCUGUAUUCACUUUGUCUUAUUUGUAAAUAGUGGACUGAAAUUUUUUACAGCUCAGCAACAUUUGCUGAGCUGUUUUUAAGCUUAUAUGUAUUCUUACAAAUGUUCCUAUCAAGAACAGAUUUGUAAUAUAUGCUGUCUAUUUCUAACAUUGCAUUCAUAUUGAGGUUCUAUCUAAUUUUAUUAGAGAACCACUCAGAACUUUCUUCAGAAGCAGCUUAUGAGUGAAAUACCUAGAAAGAUUAGAAUAAACCUGUUGAAAUUGGGUUACUUAUCCAGCCACAAAAUGGAGCACAUGCACGGACCAGGGUUUGAAAUUUUGAGUGAUUUCUGGUUGAAUUCUGAAAAUAGAUCAGUGCCUAUCCAAACUCUGUAUAAAGUAGGCACCUCUACUUAUACCUUCCAAUUUAAAACUGCCUUGAUUGCAGCAUUUGUGGGUAGACAUACCAGCACAAUGAACUGGUUAAACUUCCUCUACUGGCCUGAUCUGCAAGGAUUGGCACUAAGAAAUGUAAUUUUUAGCCUAUGUAGAGAGGAAUCUUUUGUUAGAAUAAGAUGAAACAGUCCUGUGUGUGAACGCAGACCAGAUCAGGGUGACCAGAAUGUAAAUUUGCCAUGAAAUUUUGCUUAAAUACAGCAGAUCUGUGGCAAAUGAAUUAUUUUCAGCAUGAGCGAUUCAUAUGACAAACGUUGCAUGUAAAGAAAGAUUUAACUUAACCAUAAAGUAGAGCUAAAUAUUUUUAGCAAAAAAUGUAUUGAAUCAACAUAAAUGAUGCUCUAAAAAUUUCUUUAUGCAAAACACUUAAGAUUAAUUUUCUAUUUACAUAGAGAAACAUAAAUUCACAUGUGACUAAAUCCCUUCUAAAAUAUUGGAAGGGAUUUGAAGGCAUUUACAGCUUUGUCUUACUUCCUUAGGUUACCUUAAACAUUACACUUGAACAAAAUUGUUGGAUCCUUUUGUUUUAUUUUGUUCAAAUGGUAACGUUUUCUCAAAGGAUUUUGCCCCAUUAAAUGUAGUCAUUAUAAACCAUUUCUAUUUGAAUACAAAAAGUAGUUUCCCAACUUCUUUAAUAAUGUACAUAUGUACGUUCAUGUAGUGACAUUUUGUUAAAUCUUUGAGUGUCAGAAGAGAAGGAUGGGAAGUGUGCGUAGGAAAUUCUAACCUGUUGGUAAGAUUAGAUCACUUAAUGACUACACUCAUCACCUAUUCGUUGUGCAGUUUCUAGUUUAUCUCAGAAAAACUUGUCAAUUUGAAAAGGAAUAUUUGCUAUUAAAUUAACAGUGGAAAAUGAGAUUUUGUGAAUUGUCUUCAGUUUGUGUUGCUAGUUUUUUAUGGCAUUUAAACUCUACAUUCUGCAGAUGUCUUAACGUUUUGAAAUAACCUCUCAGACACUUUAGAUUUGUUCUCUAUAUAAACAGGUAGACUCACUAUAAGGAAUUUUGUUAAACUUUAAAGUAGCCUGUAUUCCAUUAGUUCCAGCUACAAACCACAGUUAGUGACGUUGAGCUUUGAUCCUGGUCACAGUUUCAAGUUUUAUUCUUGCACGUUAUCCAGUAAACUUUAAAAAGUUGUUUUUCCUUUCAUCUCUAGAUGACCAUAAAGAUUGCUUUUGAUUAUAUGAAAUUUUGAACUGUUGGCAAGAAAUCUUAAAUUUUCUUAAUUUGUGUACAACAAAUUAAUGAGAACAGUCCAAUCAAGUAAAUGAGAACGAAGAACAAUUCAAUCAAGUAAAUAUUUUUCAUUUUUUCUUUCCCUUUUGGUACGCCGAAUAUACUAAGUCAGUAACUUUUUGGAAUUAGCUAGGUUCCAUUCAUAAAGGAUGCUGACGGAUAUAUAAGCUACAUUAACCUGCUUCUUACUCCCUUAGACUGUGAUAAUAAAUUUAUCCUACAACUGUUCAGAGUUCACUCAGCCAAAACGUAUUUGUGCCGGGUUGCAUAUUUUACUUAAUAGCAAAUCUAUUAAUUUUGUAUUAACAUCUGGAACGUUCGGAGUAGCCUGUUUGGCAGUUGAUGGGUACUGAAGGAUGUGUGUGCAAUAGAUGCAAAUAAGUUGUGAGCUACAUUGGAAUUUAGAACAUGCCUUACAUUAAGGAUAAGCCUUGUAGCAGAUAUUGGGGUGCACUGUGCAUGCAUCAUAGUUUAUCUGCACAGUUGCAAUGUUCUAAUGUGAUAGCAAGAAGAUAUUUUGGCAUGUGAUGUAACUAUAUGCUCUGAUUUUUAAAUGCUCCUGUAAAAAGAUCAUUUGCAUCUCACUUUUUGUUGUAAAUGGUUCUGAGGUUUAAAUUAAUCCAAAGAAGUAAAAGAUAACUUGCUUUGAAACAGGAGUGAAAAGUGUGUACAGUGUGCUAAUUGUGGACUUCUCAAUUACCUCAGCAGGUAUCCUGCCAUGUAAUUACUAGUGAUUAGUGUUAAUUUAACCAGCUACAUAGGUUCAGUUCUCUUACUUAACUGUGCCCUGGAAUUAAAUCGCCUACCAUGUAAUGUUAAGGCUGAGUUACUAUCCAAAAAGGGUGUUCCUCUAACUUUUAAAAGUAGAAAUGCUCUGUUAAGUGUAGAUAGCUUGUUUCUUGUGAAAUGUCACCAUUAAUAUUAUGUGGUAUGGCACUGAUGGUAUGUCAACAUACUCAACACUGGAUCAGUGAAAUGUUUUAUAAACAUUUCUGCAAGCUACCAGAACUGCGAUCUUUAUAAUUAACCCAAACUUACCAUUCUGUUGUAUAACCUAGUUUAUUAGCUGAUCCUAUUUAAGCUUAGGUAAUGGCAACAGUGUUUUAAAGUUGCGUGUAUGAUGUACUGGAUGUGUAGGCUAUUUUUCUUGUUUUCUUCUUCUCUUCCUUGGAAAAAGCAAUAAAACUGCUUUGUCUGUUGCCUAUUAGCAUGACAGGAAUCCUUUCCUUUGGAUAGUGGUUUUAUAGGAAAGUUUGUAUGCAUAUCACCAAGUCUAGCUUUUAAAACAGAGUGUGCAGGAGUUAUUGACAAUAUAGUGUGGCAUUUUAUUUUAAAAAUUGGGGAAAGUUACAUAUUUUUUUAAAAAGUAGGUGUUUGAGUAAAUAAUGGAGGUACUUUUUUAAAAAAUGUAUAUGCCACAGUUUACAUAGACAUAUUUCAGACUAAACAUAUACAUUGUAACUUCAGAUAUGGAUAUUUCUUUUACUUUGUCAAAAUGCAUGUACAGUAACACUUCCAUCUUAAUUCCUUGUGUUUGCCUACUCGGAUCCUCCUUUAUAUGCUUUUUAAUGUAUCUGAAUCAAAAUAGUUUUCAAAAAUUGCAGUUAAUUUGGAUAUCUUUAUUGUAACUGAACUAUUAAAUGUAUGAAAUACAGUUUUGCCCUUUUCUAUUGAAUGAUCUUUACAACUGAAGGCUGCCUUCUUUAAAAUUAACUGAAUUUAUACAAGGAAAGGUACUAAAAGAAUUUUAUAAGUCUGCUUAUUAUAGCAUUCACUCUAGUGUGAUCUAAAUUUAAAGGAAUACAAAAAUAAAAUGCAUGUCUGGUAAUGGUCUGCAAAUGUGAGCAUUUCUUAAGUUCAAAACAUCCUGAAACAUGUAUAUAGCCUAUAAAGAUCUGUGCAGUUGCAAGCCUGUUUUAAUUUUAUAUGUAAGCAUACUCAUGGAAGGGUUAAAUUCACAGCAAUCUCAAUAAUUUCUUGUUUCCGGCAAUUAAACUGGUAUUCUUUUUGCACAUAGGUAACUUUGCUCAUCCUUCAGUAUGAUUCUUCAAAAAGUGCUGUUUCUGUGGUAUUGUAUUAUCUGAAUAAUCAUAUUUAACUUUAACAGUUACAGUUUCUAAUUGUUCUGUUCCUGUGUUUUUUGCUGGUGUGUAAUAAAGGCAACUUUUUUCUUUCAUGGUUAUUUAAUACACUAGCUGCCUGUAAAUAUUUCUUGUUAAAUGCUCUGGAAUGUGGUGUAGAAGUUGUACUAGAUCAGUUUAAAGCAUUGUUUGAAAACCACUUUGUUUUGGUUAUUUCUAUUAAAUUAGAAAAAUGCAGAA